AGCUGAAAAUAACAAUAAAUUUUAAUUAAUUUGCUUACCACAAAACGAAUAUCACCCAACAUAAUUAAGCAGCGACAGAGAGUUUCAUAGUUGAAUUACGUUUUAAGUGCUACUCAAUUCCGUUUGUGUUUCACACGAGAAAUCACACCCAAGCACAACAAACAAACAACAACACCCGAAGAAUUAGCAAACAAACAAACUGAAAAAACGCAAAAACAACGAAACCCUUUCCACAACAGCUAGAAAAAUGGCCAAAAUGUACGGAAAGGGUAAGACGGCCAUCGAAUCGGAGGAACAACAAAAACGACGCUGGCAAAUCGAACUGGAGUUUGUGCAGUGCCUCUCCAAUCCCAACUAUCUCAACUGUUUUGUUUGCUUUGCAGUUCUCGCACAGCGCGGUUACUUUAAGGAUCCGUCGUUUAUCAACUACCUCAAGUAUCUGCAGUACUGGAAAGAGCCCGACUAUGCCAAGUAUUUGAUGUAUCCCAUGUGCCUAUACUUUCUCGAUCUGCUGCAAUACGAGCACUUUCGACGCGAAAUCGUUAACAAUCAAUGCUGCAAAUUUAUCGAUGAUCAGGCCAUACUACAGUGGCAGCAUUAUACGCGCAAGCGCAUCAAACUCAUCAACUCCGUGCAGGAGAAUGCUGCAGCAGCAGCAGCAGCAGCGGCAGCAGCAGCUGCACAACAGCAACAACAGCAGCAGCAACAGCAACAAAGCAAUGGCGGCAGCGGCAUCUUGGCGCCCAGCGAAGCAGCCACUGUCGCGGGCAUCGAGGCGGCCAAUCCGCAGCAGCAGGCGACGCUGCAGAAUGGCAACAGCUCUGCCGCGUCGACGACACAGUCACAGCAACAGGCGCGGGAGCCAGCGCCAACUCAGACUCAGGUGUUGUCCGUGUCGCAGCAGCCACAGCAGCAGCAGCAGCAACAGCAGCAACAGCAGCAGCAGCAACAGCAACAACAACAAAUGAAUGGACUGGCCGCUAGUGGAGCUAUGAAACUAGAAUUAAAUUAGCAAAGUGCUAUGCAAGAAAGAAAAACCAUAAUAAAUUAGACUAAGAGACAGAACACAGAAAGAACUUCUAGACCAAAUAACAAGCAACAGCAAACAAAA